CGACAACAUCAAGAACUACCAGUACACUCCAACCAUGGUCUCCUUGACGCGUGUCCAUCUCACUUCUGCUGCUAUCGCCCUCGUGGCUCUACAGCUCAGUCUGGCAACGGGCUCUCCACUGCAUGAAGACCCCACCACCAUUUGUGACUCGUACGACCUCGGCAACAAGAAUUUUCCUGGUCGUGGGAGCGAGAUUGAAGAGGACAGCAAUUGUGUUGUCAUCAAGCAAGGAAAACUGGCGAAAGCAACGAGUCGCAAGCUAGAGACCGCGUUAGACCGCGAUAUCAAAAAAAACUGGAAGACUUCUUCGGCACUAAAAUGGAGACGACGCUGAAAAACUUGCCCACCUCAGCUACGUACACCCCGUCUCCGUGGAACAGCCUGCUCUGGUUCACCGUUAACGAUAGUAUUAACUAUCAGUGGGACAGAGGCCAGCCCAGUGCUACCGAGAAGUAUGCGACGGCCUUCGGUUUCGACGUGAAAACUCUCAUGGACAGCGUGUCGGCCAGCAGUGGCGUUGACUCCAUGAACUACAGCAUUGCGUGCACCUCGGACAGCGAGUGCGACACUCCAUGGGAAUAUUGCGGCAUUCGUGCGGAGGCGAGCUCGGGCUAUUGCAUCCCGGCGUGGCUCGCCUUGGCCCAUGCGUGGGCACCAGCCUCCAUCCUAGAGAAGGAACCCAAAUGCCCUGUGACGUUCAAUGGUGUGACGUUCAAACCCUUGGACAUUAAAGCACUAUUGACGGGAAUCUACGAUACAGCUAAUAUUUCCACCGUAUUCACAGGCGUUCGCUACAACGGGGGGAACUUCACCAUUGACAAGUAUGGUCGGAAUGAAGACCCCGCGUACCGUGACUUGAACCCCGGGUUUUUCCACAUCGCCGCUGCCAACAUGCUUGGUAAACACAAAUCCACUUUCAUCAUCGACAGAUACGCUAGUUACGAGGUGUGGACCCAGCCCGUUGACGGCUUCAAGGUGCAUGACCAGAAGGUCAUGACUCCGGAGGAGGCUGCACAGACCUUCUAUGGUCUCAAGGCGUACCCUUGGAACGAGGCCGCCAAGAGCAUUGUGCAUGUGAAAUCACGUUUGUCGUGGAGCAAUGCGACGUUUGCUGGUCGCGAAGCGGAAGUUGACGAACAGACUGGAACCGGGAAGGACUACGAGUACCUUUUGGAAAUGGACGGCGUCGACCAGAUCAUUGGUGGUGAAUGGCUGAACAAGUCGAACGACGACCACCCGGAUUUCCUUUGGUUCCCAGAAGGCAAACCUGCCGCCGACACGGUAACGGACACCGGCUUGAGCUACGCCAACGUGACGAUGUUGUUGGAGAAGUCUGUUGCAUGCACCAACGCGACGGUGCUGGUUAAGUCGCUUGCGUGCUCUUAUUAGACCGCUGAGAAGGCGUUGACGGUAGGCUGUGCUGAAAGGGAUGCGUGCACUUUAAGGAGUUAUCUUUUUCAGUGGACCAAUGAAGCUUCGACUAGUACUCGAGUUGAUGCAAAUAUGGCAUAGGCGGUGCCAUUCUUUUGUUUUUAUUUGAAGUGUCAAUGUCGUCUGAGGGACUUGGCGUGGAGAAGCCUGAUUGGUGUGCUCACAAAACUCCACCACCACCUCCUGGAGAUUUACGUGCUCCAAUUGGCGAGUGAAUUCUCAAGAUCCCGAAGCAAUUCACAUGGUUAGCGAUAAGAAGAACCGCAGGUCCUUUUGCGCCAAAGCUACAUGUAAAUUACUCUUACUUCAAUAUGUAUCCAUGUGACGUCUCUGCCAAUCAUCUAGCAAACCCC